GUUGAGGAAAAUUGUUAAAUGCUUCGAGGGUGUUUUUCCUAUGGUUGAUGGGGUUUUGGUCUUCCAAAUCCUGCAUGUAGAUUAACUUAUAAUAAACACUUCAAAUAAUGGCGCAGGUUUUUUAACUUCGGGUUUCUAAAGGGUAGAUGUUUAUGUGAGGGCGCUUGAUGAUCCUGACAUGUCGAUCCACGAACAAAUGUUGCAAGUACAAGUCCUUUUAAGAUUUUAUAAAUGAUCCUUCAAUCCUUUCU